UUAUCGGCCAUCACAGCAGUGAAAAGCCGACUAGGGCCACUUUAAGAUCGCGCAGUCAGGGAUGCGUUUUACCCGCUGGUCGACCAUUUCAGUGCAUCAACGACAGCAGCCCCUGAACGCAGCACCGACGCACCGACAUCUUGGCCGUUUUGGGCUGGAAACAAACAACCAACAAAACCACCGCGGGAAAAAAAACUCCUCCGUCUUCCCCACAGGGUCGACUCAUCUCGGCAUCUCCCCAGCCAACAACAUCGGGACAAUGGCAGAGCAUCUGUCCCAGAGUGAGCUGGACUACCCUUUCAAACUUCUGGAGUAUUUCAACGGCUUCAGGGUGUCAAAGGUGAUAUUUUCAGCCUGUGAGCUGGGAGUCUUUGACCUCCUGCUAAGGUCCCAGGAGCCUCUGAGUGCCCAGCAUGUAGCCCGGGAGCUCAGCACCAGCGUGGACGGGAUGGAGCGGCUGCUGGCCGCGCUGGUGGGCAUCGAGAUCCUGGAGGUGGAGACCACGGACGGGACAGCUUUGUACAGCAGCACCGACGUGGCCAAUCUGUACCUGGCAAAAGGCAGCGGCAAGUCUCUUCAUGACAUGAUCAUCUACCAAUCCCAGACCAUCUACCCGCUGUGGAACAACAUGGUGGACGCCGUCAGGGAGGGGAAGAAUCAGAACGAAAAGACCUUCGGCCUUCCACCAGAAGAUAUUUUCCAAGCUAUUUACAGAUCAGAGGAGGAGAGGCUGAAGUUCAUGGGUCUGAUGAACUCCUCGUGGGUUCUCGACGGACACGACAUUGUGACGGCGUUCAACCUCUCCUGCUUUCAGGAGAUAGUAGAUCUUGGAGGAUGCACCGGUGCUCUGGCCCGGGAGAUGGCCAAGGCUUACCCGUCGUCCUCCGUCACCGUGUUGGACCUCCCGCAGAUCGUAGAAACGGCUCAGAAACAUUUCUCUCAGGAGAACGACACGGUGCUAUUUCAGAGUGGAGAUUUCUUCAGCGGUGAAAUCCCUCCUGCUGACCUCUACGUUCUGGCCAGAAUCCUUCAUGACUGGCCUGAAGAGAAGGGCCUCACGCUGCUGAGGAAGAUCUAUGACACAUGCAAACCAGGCGGCGGCGUCCUCCUGGUGGAAGCCAUGCUGUUUGAGAACAGACGAGGGCCCGUCAUGGCUCAGAUCUUCUCCCUCAACAUGCUGGUGCAAACCUCGGGCCGGGAGCGCCCCCCAUCCGAGUACAUCCGCAUCCUCAACCAGACCGGCUUCCACAACGUUCAGGUGUGCCGGACCGGCAAGUCCUACGACGCCAUCCUGGCCAUCAGAUGAGCUCAGGGCAGUCCAGAGGCGCCCCUCAAAGUCUGGGGGUAGUAAAGAAAGGUGAUCUGGGACUUUCAAGGCCUCGGAAAGGUUUGGAGGUGGACCUAAAACAUAUUAGACUCUGAAA